CUAAGUCAGCCCUCUCCUCCACCUCCCGCCUGCAGGUCCCGGCUGUGAAGGGUGGAAAUCGCGGCCCAGAUGCGGACAGGACUUGUCCCUGGGAACGCUCGCUCCCACUGGCCGGCAGAGACAGGACCCUGGGGGUGACGCCCGUGACACAACCCCUCUGCCGUGACGCCCUCCAAGGACGCCGUGGCUCCUUCCCCAUGUCCAGCUGUCCUCCCUCUGGCACCGACCUCUCAAAUUCCCAGCAGCUGAUGCUGUGCUGCAGGGAGGUGCCCUUCCGCCUUGCAACCCCUCGUCCCUCGACCGGAACCUUCCGUGAUCAUCCAAAGCGAAGCGGCUGGCACUUACUGAGAGCAGAAAAAAACCACCAGGAUUUGAGACGCCAACUGUUACAACUCCAUCGAGUAAUCAAAUAUUCUCAAACGCAGACACCAGAGCAGAAAGGAAAUACCCGUCGAGGUCAGCAGUCACGACAAGCCAGAGCGGCGGCUCCGUCUGGGGCCGUCCCGGAAGGUGACAGUCCUGUCUGCACUUCGCAGAGCGGGGCCCGGGCAGCGAGAGGCGAAGGUCACAGAGGGAGCCCUGACGGAUGCGGUGGCCGUGCCGGGUAUGCCCAGCCAGCAUCUACGAGGGACCUCAGGACCCAGAGCGUGCGCCUCCCCCGUCCCUACUUCCCUUUCCCUAAAGGUCCCCUGCAUUCCACUCUCCCUGCAGUUGAUUCUGGGAAAUGCCCCGGGCAGUGUCUGGGCUGCACCACAGACCAUCCCAGGGGCCACCUGUCAGCCGAGGUCGUUAGACGCUGGCCCCUGGGAGACUGACAGGAGCGGCUGGGCCCGUUAAUGCCCGAGGCGGAAAAAGGCUUUGCCGCCUGGUGACUGGCUUGUGCUCCUGGAGGAACUCGAGCAGGAACCAGCUGACGGGCGCCAGCGCGGUGGCUCCACGGAGCAGGGAGCCCGCGGACCCGAGGGCUGCUCUCGGUCCAGCCUCGUGCGCGCCUUGGACGCGGCGACUCUGUGUUCGCGUGCGUGCUGCCGUUUCAGACCCUCCCGCCGUUUCUUCUCGUCGCCUGGUGUGAGCCGAGCCACAUGAGUGGGAGAUGUCCCCUGCCUGGUGGGCCUCUCUCCGGCCCCCGCGACGAUGCCACUGACCACACAAGGCUGGCCGUCCCUGGUGCCUCCUGAACCGGCCCUGAGCCACCUCUCUGCGGGAGGCUGGAAGCAGACGUGGCCUCAGGCCUCCUCGGGGUCACCCUCAGCUUUCUCUACACACAUCACGGGGUUGAAAAAUUGCCCUGACAUUGCGGGUAGCACAAGAAUUUAAAGAAAGAAAAUGAGCUUAGGCUAAAAGGACCAAGACCACAGUCUAAGAAGAAAUAAAAAUCGAGGGGCGCUUGGUGGAAGAGACUUGAGCUGCCAACGAUAUUUUUUCCUGGUCUACACCGGGGGACAUUUACGAUCUUCUAGAAGAAAUGGCAGGUGGGGGCGGGAGGGUCUACACCAGGAUUUGCGACUAUGCAAAUAGUUACAGCUAUAAUUUGCAACCGUAGUCACAUCUCCUCCUCACGUGGCUGCAGCCUGCUCCAAAACUGAUUGCACACCAGUUUCCUCAUUCAUUAAAAAGGCUGGCGGUGUUACUGGAAUCGGUCGGACCCCGCCUGAAGCACCGUGUUUUACCCCCUGGGGGCCUGAGCCGGGAGUGGCUCGAGCAGAGGGGAGGUGGGAGAUUUGGUCAGAGAAGUGAGAGAGGAGACGAGGGGACCGCCAUCGCCAGGGCCAUGUGCUACGCGCGCCAUCGCCAGGGCCAUGUGCUACACGCGCCAUCGGGGCCAUGUGCUAUGCGCGCCAUCGGAGCCAUGUGCUACGCGUGUGCACGCUCACCUCUGGUGCCAGGAAGCUCGGUCUUAAGGACAUGAGUCCUUCCCCGCUUGCCUUGUCUGAUGGACAAAGAGGAAAUUCUCCUGACGGCAUUUUCGUCCCGGUCCAGCGUACCUCCGAGGACGUCAUCCUCAUUCUUCUAGGCGAAGGUCCUUUGCUGCCUCUGAGCCUGCUUUUGAGGUCGCUUACUCUGCCCUGAAUCUGGACCCCUUUCUUUCUGCUGAGCGCCCGUUGUUCCGAGCUUGUGGAAGGCCCUUCUCUGCCGGAAAGCUUCCUGCUUAGUUCCCCUGGACUCGCCGCCCCGCCCGCCCGUCCACCUGCUGCCGCUCCGGCAGGCUGGGCCCGUGUCUCGCCCUUUUUCUCGCCCACACACAUUCGGACACAGUCCCCACGAGUGCCCCAAGGAGAGGACGUGCUCCCUCUGGUUGUCCCCACAGCGCCCCAUCCUGGGACCUGCCCAGGAAUUACGCAUCCUUGGGCGCUGUGCCAGGAGAUGGGUCCUUGGGGCAGAGACCUGCGCGGACCAAGGACGUCACACGUUUACGAGUGACUCCAUGGUGGGCAGGAUGGGAAGAGGGCGCCUGCUUCAGGACUGCAGGCUCCGGGGUCAAGCUGCUCGCCCACCAAGGCCAAUGUCAGACUUGAGGUGGGUCUCCCCCACCGAACCGCCUGCAGGCGGGCGCCCCAGCCCGUGUGGGGGACAUUUGGAACCUCUGUGCUCUGGCGUCUCACGAGCCACCCAGGCCGUUCAUGGCUUCGUCGGCGUUCCUGCCAGGGGCGCGCACGGCAAAGGGCCGAGGUGAGAAGAGCCUAGAAGAACCUGCAGUGCGAGCUGGGGAGACCCCGGGGUCACGGGGACUCGACCAGACCACGCCCUGGUGCCGAGGUCCCCUGGGAGGUAUGCGAUCGGAGGCCAAGGGCCAGGACGAGAAAGUGAAUGACAUAUUUGCUCGCGAUCUAUUUUUAAUAUCCUGUAAACACAUCUUGCUUAUAACUAAGGCCCGACCGAGCUGCCAGCCAGGCACAUUCCAGCAGUUCCCCGAGAACACCUCAGAGGUUACCCCAUCAAAGGCACAAACCCCUGAAUUCCAGACGGACGCCAGCCGCCCAGUCGCAGGCCCGGCGCUGCCCGUGGGCUGUGGUGAGGCCGUAGACAGCCAGCCCCAAAGGAAAGGACUCCGACGGAGGCCCAGGCGGCCAGUUCACUGGAGUCCUGGUCUUGACCCUGAGUGGACCCAAGAGGGCCCAGGGUGUCCAGUGAGAGACCUGCGGACGCCGAGACUCAGGGCGCUGUGGGUAGCCAUGGAGGAGGUCAGGGGGGCUGACGUCUGGAGCCUCUGACCUGGCCAGCAGCCCACCCCACCAACCCUUGCUGAAAAAAUUUGCAGGGAGCACCAUGGCCAGGGGGCUAAAUCCCGAAGGCCAGCGGAGCCCCCAGACCUCCCCGUCUCUCCUGACGCUGGGAGCGGGGCCUUGUUAAAGGACUUGUGACUCACCUUGCUCACCUUGGGACACCUGGGGGAUGGCUGGGAAGAGCAAGUGUCUCUGAGGUGGCUGCCACCGCCGUCACCUCAGAGACACUUAUUCUGCCGCUUCCUUCCUGGGGCUGAUUUUCAAGCCUCAGGGGUAACGGAAAGCAGCCCCCUUCCCGUCGCCCUGCCUGUCCCCCAAAGAUGGUGGCUGUCCCUGUCCCAGGCUGAGCCCCGCCUCUCCCAGCCUGAGAGACACAGUAGGAGACAUCGGCUUCACUAGGAAAGAGGACUCACGCCUUAACCUUUGGGGACAGUCAGAGAAGCUCAUCUCCACGAGCCUCAGAGGAACCCAGAGCUGCCCCUUGCCACCAGCUGUGUGCCCUGGGGCAGGUCCCCACUCUGUCUGGGCCUGGGUUCCCCAUCUGUUCCGUGAGGGGCUGGGCUCAGAACGCCGGGCCUCCCACGCUGAGCAGCAGCAGAGGACAGCGGUCUGGACGGCCACACCCCAGCCCGCCUCCCUGGCAGGACCCCCGAUUGGUAGCCCUCUCCCACGUCCCCCCAACUUGCCUUUCACCCCCCUGACCAAGCGGUUGGGUUGGUUUCCUUCUAAUCAAUGACGGACUUUUUAAAGAACGAACCCACAUUUCUGGGGGGGCGAAGACCUGAGGCCGGUGUGUGAUUGUCGGACAGGAGCCUCUGCCCCGUUUCCACACCAAACACCAUCUGGGGUCUCUCUUUUGUCCUUAAAAGGUAGUGAGGUACGUGGAGUUUACUGUACCCCGCCAAGCAGGUGGGAAAACUGAGGUCCAGGGAGAGGCUUGCAGGGUGAGUGGCAGCUCGGACUGCUGGUCCCUCAAGAGGCCGGGGCGGAAAGCCUCUAAAGCCACCAACCCCGCCAGCUCCAAGUGCUCUCUGAGGCGUAAGUGUGAAGUAUGUGUAAACUGCAGAUUACUCUCUCCGUGCCGCUAUGUCUCCCGGGAUCAGCAGGACCAGGGCAGCUGGCAAGGACACCAGCGGUGACCUCAGGGCUCAGCCGGCGCCCGGAGCCCAGUGGCCAGGACACCCCCACUGGGGCCAGCUCAGUUACCGCAGCCCUUUGCUGCCAGCCGCGCCCAGGCAGGGGGGCUGGGUCUGCAGAGCGGACGCCCUCACGGCCGCAUCUCAAGGGAAGGGGAAGGGACAGCCCCCCCAGACCCCUGCCCCAGGCCCUUCCGGGCUCAGCGGCUGGGUGGGCGGCCGGCUGGCAGGAGGGUGCCCCGGAGGUGGGCCACGUUUCCCUUGGGGGUCAAUUACAUGGGAGGAAACCUGAGCUGUGCCUG